CUGCUGCUGAUUGUGUAAUGAGAGCCGUCUCGCGACUCAAGCUCCGCCUCAUGAACUGAUUUACACUGUUUUACACUCAUUUACGGUCUCAGAGUCGGGUCUCUGUGUUCAUUAACGGACGCCAGCGGAUCAGCGCAUCUUUAUUCUCCGGUUUUCAGCGUGAGUCUGAGUUUGAGGCCGGUGUGAGUGACGCCAUGAUGUUAUUUUUACCCGAUGAGCUCACGAACUCAAUCUAACUUCACCAGCAGCAGACUGACCAGCUUGAACUAGUUUAACUAGCCAUCCGCGUCUCUAUCGGGGUCACUACACUUCCGGUCAGCUUUAUCCGUGGAUUUGCUGUAAAUGAGACGGACUGAACCUUCAUGCAGAACGAUGGAGUGCAGCGGUAAGGAGGUGCACGAGGUCAUGCCGCUAUGAUGGUGUGAAAGAAACUCCCAUCAGCCACUGCGCCUCAAGCACCGUUUUACCUCUGGAGUUUCCUCUGGCUUUUCUCUUACGUUUUUGUGGCGCCUGCAUCAUCAGCUGCUACCACGAUGCCGUUGAUCUCCUGAGUGUAUCGUCACUGAGAUUGAGAGACUGUUAGCGCAGAGUCGGACUGAGGGAUUGUGGGUAUGUGUGAGUGUGCGGCGCGGCCCAUCGGGGCCGAGGGUCUGGUGGCUCUGCUGGAGGGCGGUCUGGACCGCGUGCUGUUGAUCGACAGCCGACCGUUCGUGGAGUAUAACACGUGUCACAUCCUGGAGGCCGUGAACAUCAACUGCUCCAAACUGAUGAAGAGGAGAUUACAGCAGGACAAGAUCCAGAUCAGUGAACUCUUGCAGCACUCGGCCAAGAGGAAGCUGGAGCUCCAGGAUCAAGAGGUCGUGGUCUAUGACCAGAGCUCGACUGACCCCGCCUCCCUCUCAUCAGAGGCCUUCCUCAGCGUCCUAUUGGCCAAGCUGGAGAAGAGUUUCCCUUCAGUGCACCUGCUCUCAGGUGGUUUUGUGGCGUUCUCGCAGCUGUUCCCGGGUCUGUGUGAAGGGAAGUCCACGCUUGUGCCGUCCUGCAUCUCUCAGCCCUGUCUCCCUGUGAGCAGCAGCGGGCCGACGCAGAUCCUGCCGCACCUGUACCUGGGCUGCCAGAGAGAUGUGCUCAACCAGGAGCUCAUGCAGCAGAGUGACAUCGCUUACGUCCUCAACGCCAGCAACACUUGCCCCAAACCAGACUUCAUCCCCGACUCGCAUUUCCUGCGCGUGCCGGUCAACGACAGCUUCUGCGAGAAGAUCCUGCCCUGGCUGGACCGAUCCGUGGAGUUCAUAGAGAAAGCCAAGGCCAGUAACGCCAGAGUCCUGGUCCACUGUCUGGCAGGAAUCUCUCGCUCGGCCACCAUCGCCAUCGCCUACAUCAUGAAGAGGAUGGACAUGUCGUUAGAUGAAGCGUACAGGUUCGUGAAGGAGAAACGGCCGACCAUCUCGCCCAACUUCAACUUCUUAGGUCAGCUGCUGGACUUCGAGAAGAAGCUGAAGAGCGUGAGCGAUGCGCCGCUCAAGCCUCGACCGACGUCAGACGAGCAGGAGCCGCUGACGAUGCCCUGCGUUCUGUCCGGCGUCCCCGAGGAGCAUCUUCUGGCCCGGGCGCUCUGCAGCCUUCAGCUCGGAGAGGAACCAGAGGAGAACGUCCGCCCCAAACGCUCCUUCUCCCUGGACAUCAAGUCCUACGGCGAGUCCGGAGCAUCUCUCCGAGCAUUUCCCGUCGGUGAACCCUGUCAGUUUUCGCCAUUGCAAGAGGUCUCAGAGCAAAGUCCAGCUGAAGAUCAAGCUAACAAGGUGCUCCAGCGCAGCGGCAGCGAGGAUGGAGCCCCAGCGGGGGUCCUGUCGCACCCUAAAGCCACAGCAGGGGCGCUGAAGGGCUGGCACUCCGACAUCGUCCUGGGACCUGUGGCCGGAGGCUGGUUCCUCUCCUCAGACUCAGCACACUUCUACUCGACCUCGGCUAUCUUCAGCGGUGGCAGCUGCGCUCCGGGUCUGGAGGCGGUGAGGAGACGCGGCCGGCAGCGCAGCGGAGACGGAGGAGACUCUCGCAGGAGCUGGCACGAGGAGAGCAGCUUCGAGAAGCUGCUGAAGCGCAGGAGCUGCCAGAUGGACGGCGUGACGGACAGCAGAUCCCGAGAAGACAUGAGCACGAGGAGCAGCCAGUCCAGCUUCUCCGGCAGCUUGGAGAUCAUCGAGGUCUCCUGAGGACGCCACACAGUCAUUUGUUUCUUUGCUUUGUUCUCAUUCAGAGUUGAACUCGAUUGGGUGGAUCUGAACCACAGAUAUCCAGGACCUCAAAACACUACAGAUGGACAGGCUGAACCUU